CUAGAAGUUUGCACAAGACCCUCUUGGUCUUCAGGAGAAGCAGCUGUUGCAGGGUCCAGUCAAGCCUUUGGACUGGAAGUUUCCCAUCAUUCCAGAGGAGCAACGUGAGUUGGCGGUGAACUUCCAGUUGAAGCAACCUGUGACUCCCAGUAAUGUGGCUGUUCAAUGCAGUGAGAGCCGGGUUCUUGUGGAGGUAAAGAAGGAUAUGUUUAGCAAUGGUCAACUGAUCCAGCCAUCUGGUUUCUCUAUGGGAGGCUGUCCUGUUGUUGGUGAGGACUCUGCCUCUGGGUGCUCAUCUUUGAAUAUGAACUACAGGACUGCAAUAGUGUGCUGAUGAUGACUGAGGAGGAGCUUGUCUACACCUUUGCUCUUACCUACACUCCUGUGGCAUUUGCUGGCACUCCGAUUAUCCGUACUGAGGGUGCAGUUGUUGGCGUUCAAUGCCACUAUCAAAGAUUGUGUAAUGUGAGCAGUAAUGCUUUGAGGCCAACUUGGGUUCCUUAUGCUUCAACGGAGGUUGCCGAAGAUGUCUUGGUGUUCUCCAUGAACCUCAUGCUGGAUGACUGGGCCAAUCAGAGGCCUUCAAAUGUGUACUACUUGGGUGACACUAUUAAUAUUGAGGCAUCUGUGAAGGUGUACAACCACGUCCCCCUGCGUGUGUUUGUGGACAACUGUGUGGCCACCCAAGUACCUGAUGUGACUUCUGUUCCGAGAUAUUCCUUCAUUGAGAAUCAUGGGUAAAGUCCUGUCACUUGACUCCCUAGAACUGAUU